AUGCAACAACAACAACAGCAGCAAUCAGGCUCUACCAGCAAUGAUAUGGAUGAUAAGGAGGUAUAUUUAGAUCAGUUAUAUUCCUUUGAAACCAGACGGCAAUACGAUUGGGUCCCUUCUGCAGAAAUACAACCGUUUUUAAAUUGGACGAACAGAGAAAGCACAUACCCACCAAUCCAGGGGCUUAACUACCGACCACCAUCUACAGUAUCAGAUGCAUAUAACCAUAUGAGUCAAGGCCAGAAAAGAGAAGACAAAAUGUUAAAACACCACCAAUAUGUCCUCUCAGCAGCUUUUAGGCCAUUAGACUUGUUAGCACAUGAAAUCAGUUUGGAAACCAAUAAUCCCAACAUACAAAGAUAA